CGUCCGGAUCCCUCGUCAAUUUUUACAAUAUAUAUACGGGGAAACAGACUACUCUCGAUCCAUCAGUCCUGCAAAUUGCCUAGCUCUCUGCCCCUAGAAUAGUUAGCUCUAUAAAAAUUAAGCGAGGAAGCACACCAGCCUGCUUCUUCAAUCAAGCAAGCAAGCAAGAGAGAGCGAUGGCGAGAGCGAGAGCGAGACCGAGGGAAUCACUUGUGUCGAUACUAUUGAAGUGGUUCGUAAGUUUCUCUUGGUGCUUCUCGAUCGGGUGCCUCGUCAUGGGCAGCAAACUAGCCAUGCGAGGCGACUCCACGGCUUGCAUCCCCUUCCUUCAGUGGUCCUUCAUCUCCAUGGGUCUCGUCUUCUUGGUCGCCAUCCUCCUCAUGUGUGCAGGAGUGUUCGCCGGCGACGACCACGGGCGGAAAACAACACUUGGCUGCUACUUGUGCGUCAAGUGCUUGGGCCUCCUCGUCUUUCUCUGCUUAAUCAUCUUCGCUCUGACAGACAUCAAAAUUAAGAUCACGGGCUCCCCGACGCCUGAGGAGUCCAAAUUUGACAUCACCGGCAUCGACAUCGAUCCCAUUGAGGUCAACUCGGUCCGCGAGUACAACCUCAGUGACUACGGCGGUUCGCUCAAGCGUCGCAUGGCUAAUGCCAGGUACUGGGCCACAAUCAGCAAGUGCCUGCGCCGCAGGCACGCCUGCGAUGGUAUGAGCCCGAUGGUACGCGACCCAAACACAAGCGUUCUCUACUCCGAGCAGGGCCUCUCGCCGAUCCAGUCUGGAUGCUGCAAGCCACCAUUAUCGUGUGCAUUCACGUACGUGAAUCAGACGACGUGGACACCAACACAAGGCGCCGGCCCAACCAACAACAGCGACGACUGCGGCAGGUGGAGCAACCAGCAGGAAACGCUAUGCUUCCAGUGCGACUCGUGCAAGGCAGCCGUCCUCGACGAUAUCCAGAGGGCCUGGAGCAAGCCUGUCCUCGCUGUGCUUGGCAUGCUCAUCUUGGACAUCCUAAUCUUCCCUUGUAUUGCGUCUUGUGUUUGUAUAAUAAUGAACUAAGAUGAUGAUUGUGUUUUGCCUGCUUCCGCUGCGGUUUUCACUACACACGUACUACUGGCUACUGAUGUGUUGAGCUCUUGUAUUAGGCUUAAUCAGUUGGCGCUUUGAGGUGGAGUGUCCCCCCUCUUGUUUUCUUGUUGUUUGUGUCUGUGGAAUUUUGUUGGUAAUCCACGGGUUACUUGUGGAUCUUAUGUAAACUUGGUUAAUUCAUUUUUUUAAUAAAAAACGGGUGAAUGACCCAAUCUCGGAAAAAAAA